AUGUCCCUCGACUUCGCAGCGGUGGAAGCCGGCAGCUCUUCGGAUCAUGAGAUCAUACGCCCCAGCGUGCCUCGUGUGAAGAAGGUCGCUGCCGGUGCUGCUGUGUUUGCAGCAGUUGCGGCGCUCACAGCCCUUGCGUCCAUGCAUUCUCCGCGGAAGUGCACCAACUUGGGAGCGCUGCAAGGCAAGGUCGAGGUGGAUGUGAAUGAGGCCAUGCUGGCAAACAGCAAGGAGCUCACGGCUGUAAAGGACCAAUCCAAGGCAGACGAAAUCGUGCUCGGUGCCAUGAAGAAGGGUGGCAAGGAGGCAGAGGAGCAUUGGGAGAAGCAUCACAUCCGCAAGCUGGACACCUAUGGCACCGUCAAAGCAGUCCAGAACUACAAGCGACAAGAGGGCUUGGCCCUGGCGGGCACGGCCCAGUGCAGCUUCAACGUUCUGGAGGCUUUUGUGAGCGCCGUUGGCAUGGGUGAUGACAUCAACGCCAUCAUCCGAACCUGCCCAUCACCGCGUGACGGCGAGUCUGAGCUUGCUUGCCAGGUGAACGGUGGUAUCCUGGGAGCGUGGGUGGGAAACCUUGCCACCAAGCUCUCCCUGGCCGCCUCUUAUUGCGCCUCCAGCAUCAAUGUGGAUGCCAUUUGCUCUGCGGGUGUGAACGGCUUGGUGUCAGUUAUGGGCGAGCUGGCGGCAACUGCAUCCCUGGCGGCUGCCACGUGCACAGGCACUCCCCCGCAGCUGACGACCACUCAGAUCAGCGUGCUGGGCGACCAGACUGUGCGGGGCCGACGACUGCUCAUCGGCGAAGGUCCUGUGGGCAACGGCAUUCAGUGCGGGGUUGCUGUGGGCAUGGUGGCUGCCAAACAUUGCCAACAUGGGUUUGCAAUCAUCUCUGCCGUGUGA